CAAACUAAAAACAAAAAAACAAAAAACUCAGUGUCUCCGUACUCAUUCGCCGGCGCCACCAAUCCGACCGACCCGAAUUCUUCUCAACUAUAGAUACACUUAUAAUAAUCUCCGAUCUGUGUAUUUCAAUCACACACACGCACUAAACACACCUAAAAUGUUCACACAGUUCGGCACCACCGCUGAGAACUUCAGCAAGGCAUCAACAAUGGUGUUCCGGAUCGGAACAGACGCUCAUCUUUACGACGAUCCAGAUGACGUCAGCAUCUCGCCGCUUUUAGACAGCAAAUACGAUUCCGAAAAAUGUGAAGCUCUUAAACGAUUACUCGCCUUAAUCGCACAGGGUUUAGAUGUAUCUAAUUAUUUCCCUCAGGUUGUUAAGAAUGUUGCAUCUCAGUCGUUGGAGGUUAAGAAGCUAGUUUACUUAUAUCUGCUGCAUUAUGCUGAAAGGCGUCCGAAUGAAGCAUUGUUGUCAAUUAAUAUUUUCCAGAGAGAUUUGGGGGACCAGAACCCAUUAGUGAGGGCCUGGGCACUGCGUACUAUGGCUGGUAUUCGUCUGCAUGUGAUCUCGCCUCUUGUUUUGGUGGCAGUAAGGAAAUGUUCCCGUGAUCCAUCUGUAUAUGUGCGAAAAUGUGCUGCUAAUGCUCUCCCAAAGCUUCAUGAUUUGCGUCUUGAAGAAAAUGCUACAGCAAUUAUCGAGAUUAUUGGAAUACUAUUGAAUGACAAUUCCCCUGGAGUAGUUGGAGCUGCUGCAGCAGCAUUUGCUUCUGUGUGCCCAAAUAAUUUACCCCUUAUUGGUAGAAGCUACAAAAGACUGUGUGAGAUUCUUCCUGAUGUAGAGGAGUGGGGUCAGAUCAUUUUAAUAGGAAUUCUGCUCCGUUAUGUGAUUGCAAGACAUGGGCUUGCAAAAGAAUCUAUUAUGGCAUCAUUAUGUCCCGAAGACUUAAAUGAUGUAAAAAGUGGUUCAGACUCGGAUACCAACUAUUUAGGAAUCAAGAAAACAUAUGAAGCCAACAGUGUUAUUCAGAAUCCUGAGCUAGUAGCUAUGGUCUCCCGAAGUUACCUUUCAGGACUAGAUAAGUACUUGCCACAUUCGACUACUGCAGAUGUGAUACCACCGGAAUUUGAUUCAUCGAGAUUCACAUCAUCCAAAAGUGACGAUGAUGUGAAGAUCCUGCUACAGUGCACUUCACCUUUAUUAUGGAGUCGGAACAGUGCAGUGGUGCUUGCUGCUGCUGGGGUACAUUGGAUUAUGGCUCCACGGGAAGACAUUCCAAAAAUUGUCAAGCCUCUUUUGUUUCUCUUGAGAUCAUCCACUGCCUCAAAAUAUGUGGUCCUAUGCAACAUUCAAGUCUUUGCUAAAGUGAUGCCUUCUCUUUUCGCUCCAAGUUUUGAAGACUUCUUUGUAAGCUCUUCUGAUGCAUACCAAGUUAAAGCACUGAAGCUUGAGAUCCUUUCUUCCAUCGCCACAGAUGCAUCAAUCUCAGUUAUAUUUCAAGAGUUCCAGGAUUAUGUCAGAGAUCCAGACAGGAGAUUUGCUGCUGAUACUGUUGCUGCUAUUGGUCUGUGUGCUAAGCAGAAUUCACAAGUAGCAACCACCUGCUUGGAGGGACUACUGGCUCUAACAUCACCCAAAUCUGUAAAUUGUACCUCUGGAUCCAUGGAAGAUGAUGCAGCUGUUUUGAUUCAAGCAAUUACAUCCAUCAAAGAUAUUAUAAAACAAGAUCCUUUUAGGCAUGAUAAGGCCAUUAUAUUUUUGGCCCGGAAUUUGGAUUCAAUCAAGGUUCCUGUUGCCCGUGCAUUGAUUGUUUGGCUAGUGGGUGAAUACAAUUCUGUUGGCGAUAUCAUUCCAAAGAUGGUACCCGUGAUUCUAAGAUAUCUGGCUCGACGCUUUCCUUCUGAGUCGGUUGAGACAAAACAUCAGAUUCUAAAUGCUGUUGUUAAGGUCCUUUUAGGUUCAAAAGGGGAAGAUUUCAAAACUGCAAAAACCAUACUAAGCUAUGUUCUGGAGCUUGCCAAAUUUGAUCUAAAUUAUGAUGUGCGAGAUCGGGCACGUGUGUUAAGAAAGCUUCUAUCAUGCUACUAUAAUCCGAGUGAACUAGAGGAAGAAACUAGUCAGAAACCUGAAAAUAAUGAACUAGCACUUUUAGUUGCUGAACAUAUAUUUGGGGAUACAAUAACAUCAUCAACCGAAAUGGUUAAUAAUCGUUUCUACCUUCCAGGGUCUCUCUCACAGAUAGUUCUCCAUGCAGCCCCAGGGUAUGAACCUCUUCCCGAGCCUUGUAGCCUAACCGAAUUGGAUAUGAUCAAAGAAAUGAAUAUAUCAGGUGAAGGCACCGCUGAGGUUGAAUCGUAUGAAGUUGAUCAUUCUGGCUCCGACUCAGGGUCUAUGAAUGAAGAAGGCAGUUAUGAUUCAGAAGACUCUGUCACUAGCUCAUCAGGAACUGAUAAUACCAAUGAGAGUGCUGAAAAUGACGAUAAUGAUAACACUGAAUCACUAAUUAACUUUUCCGAUGUUGGCAAAUCAGAAAAAGAUGUUGAAGUUUCGAAGGAGAACAAUCUUCAUAGUGAUUUUAGUGAAUUGAUGUCGAAAGGAGCUUUAGAAUCAUGGUUGGAUGAAAAUCCAAGUUCAAGUCAGAAUGUACCUGGAUUAGAUAAUGAAAGGAUAUCAUCAGCAAGGAUUUCAAUUGGAGAUAUUAGUGGGAGAGUCAACCCGAGAACAUAUACACUUCUAGAUCCAGCAUAUGGAAAUGGGUUGAGAGUAGUGUAUACAUUUUCAUCUGAAUCAUCAACCAUAUCACCAUCACUCGUAAGUGUCAACACUUUUUUUGAAAACUGCUCUAGCGAGCCAAUGUCUAAAGUAUUUCUGAGUGGUGAAGAAUCUGACACGAGUUCUGAAUCUUUGGACCAGUCAUUGCCUACUGAUGGAAGUUCUUUGCAAUCUCAAAAGGAUGUUCUGGCUCCUGUAGAGGAAAUUGAUGUGCUUAAACCUGGUGAGACUACAAAACAAAUCAUCCAUGUUCGGUUUAAUCAUCAUCUCUUACCUCUGAAGCUCAUCUUACGGUGCAAUGGCAAAAAACACCCGGUUAAAUUACGUCCUGACAUAGGAUAUUUCAUAAAGCCUCUCCCAAUGGAUCUUGAUGUUUUCUCCCACAAAGAAUCUGAACUUCCUGGAAUGUUUGAAUACACAAGAAGAUGUUCCUUCACAGAUCACCUUGCAGAGGUGAUCAAUGACAAGGAUCAUGAUGGGUCAUUGGUAAAGGAUUCGUUUAUUGUUAUAUGUCAAACUUUAGCAUCAAAGAUGCUCAGCAAUGCAAAUCUUCAUCUUGUAUCUGUAAGCAUGCCCGUGGAUGCAAACCUCAAUGAUGCAUCAGGACUAUGCUUAAGGUUCAGUGGUGAGAUCCUAAGCAACUCGAUUCCUUGCCUUGUAUCUGUUACACUUGAUGGUAACUGCUUUGAACCACUUAAUGCAUCUGUAAAAAUCAACUGUGAAGAAACUGUGUUUGGUCUGAAUCUGUUGAACAGAAUUAUGAACUUUUUAGCCGAGCCUCCUCUCACUAGUUAGGUAUACACCAUGUUUGAUAUAAAGGUUGUGAAGAGUAUAUUGAUGUGCGUUCCUAAAAGGCUCUUUUUGGUUCGGGUAUAUCAGAGAUUGAAUAGUUUUGGAACUAAAGAAAGGCGCACGGAUCAAAAUACCAAAUUGUUGAUUGCUAUUUGAAUCAAAGCUUUCCCUUUGAUCGAUGCAAAGGAAACAUGAAGUUGGCACCUUCAAAAUACGACCACGUUAAGAGAGGGAUGAGCAUUAUUUGUAAUUUACACCAGCUAUCUCUGUGUGUCGCUAUCAAAUCAGCUUGACAGCUUGUGCAAACUAGGAGUGGUUAGUGUUCUUGAGUGAUUUAUUUGUUUAAUUGUUGAGUUUACUUACCGGCAUUGGAGACUUGGAGUUUCUUGUUUUUGUUAUGAACUUAUAUUUGUACAUAUUUUGUAAACUAGAACCCAGGUGUAUUUUAAUAGAAUGUGACAACUAUAUGAUCUCA